AUGAUAAGACGUAAACUGAAUCAUUCUUCGAAAAUUAGCAUUCAACUCUAUCAUCAUUUCAAAAUUGGAAAUAUACGGAAAUGUUGUUAUUCUACAAUUAAUGAUAGUAAAAUUAAUGCUUCGGAAUUAACAGAAAAAAAGGAACAAAAUAAUAUUGUAAAUACAGAAAUUGAAUCAGACAAUGAAAAAUCAUUCUUACACGGACUAACAGAUACUUUGGGUAGUAUUCAAACUACCUUCUCACAGUGGCGUCACAGAUUGCAAGUUACAAAUGACCAACUUGAAAAGAUUGAAAAAUCAAGGUCAGGAAGAGGGAAAUGGCAUAGAGGUCUAUUCUUUUUUGCUGUCUGUCUAUUUCAUAUUAUUUUCUUUUUAAAUUUCAACCUUUUAGCAAUCAGUGAUUGGACUGAACAACAUGUCAAACAAGAAAUUGCCAAAACACUUAGUGAUGAAGGAAGUUUCACAAUGUAUAUGCUUUCACUUUAUUCUCAAAAACCAACCAAAGAUAUCAGAGAAACACAAGCCCUAAAUCGUGAAAAGUUCUAUUCGAAUAGAGAAUUGGCAAGAUUGAGUUUUGAAAAAGUUUCACUAGAACAAAAAGUACAAGAAACCAAAUCAUAA